AUGCGUUUCCUGCAACUUACCUCGAUCAUCGGUCUUUUGAUACAGGCUCAGCAAACGCUCAGCCUCACCAACCCGAUUCGGGAGAACCCCGCAGAACCGGAUAUAUUCUACGACGAUGGCCACUAUUACAUGACUUACACAUCUGGUGAUCGUAUUGAGAACACUCGCGCCUCUGUCAUCGAAGAUCUGCGAAGGGGGGAAACGAAGACCAUCUGGACGGACAGCAACGAGGGCAGGAACGAUGCCAUGUGGGCUCCCGAGGUCCACCGCGUCGACGGCGCCUGGGGCGGUUCCAUCUGGUCAGCAUCAAGGACAGGAACGGUGUGCCCUGCUAUCGCCAAGCUGGACACCAAGAACUGGACUGUGGAUCAGUGGCAUGUCAUAUCCUCGCCCGACCAGCCAUGGGAGAAGAAGAUGGGCGGUGGGAAGUCCGGGUUGGGGAUUAACGAGGCACCUUUCCCGCUCUACCACGGCGACGACAUCUGGAUUACCUUUUCCGCCUCACAUUGCAAGGACCCUGGAUAUUCUCUCAGUCUACUGAAAUUAAACGGUGGCGAUCCUCUCCAGAAAACCUCCUGGGACAAGUCGGGGCCUAUCGUCUCUGCUGCCGGUGGGAACUACGGCGUCGGUCAUAAUGCAUUCUUCCCCCUCGCCCGACGGGAAGCAAGUUUGGAUUUAUUUGAAAAGAAUCUCUUCCAUGCCACUAAGAAGUCGGAAGGAAACUGCGGACCCGACCGCUUCGCGAUGAUCCAGCAGGUCAUCUUCGAUAAGGACGGCAACCCCAGCUUUGACCAGCCCGGAGCGCUUGAUGCUGAGACAGCUCCCCCGAGUGGACAGUAA